GGGAAUUCGCGCUCGGGCAGGCAGUUAGCGCUGGUCGGAAAAACCGUUAGUCUUCAGUCAGUUUUCCCACCGGUCGUAUGUGCGGUACGCGUUUCGCAGGCCAACAUCGCCUAUCGGUCAAUCUCUGUCACUCUGUUGUCUUCUGUACCACCUGCACCUUCCCCAUCUGGUCAUCAUCAACUCAUCCCGCAUAGAUAACAACGAUGUGAGCGCGUUGCCAGUAAGUGUAGUAAGAUUGUUCCACGUAUAAAGUGCAUUGAGAGUGAGCGUGUGUGUGUGUUCGUGUUUUCACAGGAGUGUAUGUGUACUCUGUCUAUCCGUUUAUCAACUAAUCAUUCCCGCUGUAUCUGUGUCGUGCAUGUCGUCUGUGUGCUAGUGUGCUCGCUAUUUCCGUGUGCAAAAGUGUGCCAGUAGCCAAGAAUUUGUGUAGGAUAAUUGUUGUCUACGUGCGAGGGUGGAGGAAGCUGUUAUAGAAUAGUGCUGCUUUAAAGGUACGGUCAGCUGCUUCCAGUGCUACUAUGUGUGUGUAUGUGUGUGUUUGAUGUGACAAGAAUAUAAUUAUCUGAAGCAUUUUCCGAGCCUCCACACACCGGCACUGGCGGAAGAGUGAAAGCUUGGCAAAGUGUGAACAUACGCUACAUUAAGGAUUAACUAAGCACGAAGAAGCGAAGGAUUCUUCCCGCAUACCGGCAGUUUCGGCGCCCGUGUGUGAAACGCGUCGUACAUCACGUGGAGUAAAGUUUUGCGAGAACCGCACCCACGUGUCACUGAUCUCGCUGGGAAUUGUUCGAACGUGGAGCAAUCGACACAUUCUUACGUAAACGGAUGGAGUAAGGCACUAAGUGUAGUGGCGUUGUGCUGGAGGAAGCAGAAGUUACCUUCAUCGAGUGUUCGAUUGUCUGCUAGCUGGCAAAUAAACUUCGCAAGAGUUAAAACCCAACAGCUAGAAUAAAUCACUGUGCACUUGAGGAGAGCAACACAACUACAAAAAAUGAAAAGUGAAACUAUGUGAUAAGUGCGGUACUACCAGAUAUCACGGUAAAUGAAGUUAUACAGUGAAAACAGUGGUUAAAAAUGUGUAACUAAAAGUCUAUCUAAGCCCACAUGUCCGGAAAAAGGGGCUAAUGUAGCAAGGAAAUAGUGUCACCAUGUGCGCAGUGCAAAAGCUCAAGUGGGCACUGUUCAAGUAGCACUAGGGAGGUAUGAGGUUUUCUGCCUGACACCGCAAGGCAACUCCACAAUCGAAGCCAUCCGGAAAUUAGUGCGCAGUCAGUGUUAAAUAUGUCGACAGUGAAGUCCCCCUUCACGAUUCCGUGCGACUGGUGAAUGGGAAUGGCAAGUGUGUUGUGAUCGCAAAGCAAAAACGAAAGAGCAGAGAAAAUAAAUGGCGUCUGGCGGCGAAAAACAAAAGCAGUGAGUUUCAAAAAGAUUUUCGCUGCAAGUAUCCCGAAAAGUGUGAUCGGAAGGAAUAAAGUAAACAGUGCUACUGUUUCCGGUCGGUGCAGAUGUGUAUCGUGUUCGCGUGAAGAGUCCUCGAGCUAUUAAAGGUGCUGACAAUUCUUUCCAUGGUCAGCAAAGGUGUGUGUGUGUGGGCGCGCGCGUUCGUGUGAGUGAUAGUGUGUGAGAAAAUAAAUCCUAGUGAGUGUUGAUCAUGUGACAAAGAAAUAUGUUGUACCGAAAGUGAAGCUGAUUUGAAAUAGCCGAUAAAAACCGACACGAGGCCACAACCACGGAUCGGAGAGUUUGAGCUGCUUUCUGAUGUUUUGAGUGAGCUAUGUCCGGCGUAUGUGUGUGUUAACCGGUCGUAUGUGUGACGGAUCAAUUGCGUAAAGGUGCAAGAAUUUGUUUCAUACCACCGCUAGCGCCACAAAGCAACGAGCGAAAACGGUCUAAGGUGUUCGACAUAAAGCUAUUUUCAGAAAGUGGGCCAGAACAGCGCUACAGUUUUGUCGCUAGCCUGAAGCAGUUUUCGGAUCCAUACCGGCGCGUCCCAUCGAGUCAGCACGGACCUAACAGCUUUCCAGCCACAACUGUAGUAAAUUUCGCCGAGACAUCUCCAUUCCAGUGAUCGUCAACUUCAACUUCGUCCGUAAUGAAACACCACACCCAAUGUCCUUUCCAAAUACUCCUUUUCUAACAAAUUGUCCCCACGUGCUAAGCACACCAUCGAAGAACAAUCACCUAUACGCUACCGGUACGAUUGCAUGGCACUGAAAACGGUCGGCUAACCAUUCGCAAGAUCGACUGUUACCCUCUUGAUGGGCACUCGACAAACCAUGGGCUGGCACUAGACAACAAGACAACAUACCAUAUCUAACACGGUGCGCUCCAUCGAAACCGAACCAUUUUAUACGUCGAAACAGUCACUCUGAAAUAAAAGUACUCACGACCGGAAAAAGAGGACUAUUUACAAGUGUGUCCAAGAUUUACGCGAGAUUUAGCACGCUCCAAAGAUGAUCAAUGCCAGUUAAGGGAAUUGAAUGAACAGGAAACCUAUACGCUUGAUAGAUAUUUUAUCGAUCAAAAGAACCCGCAAGCUAAGAGCAGAGAGAUUCACCACAAUAACCGCCAGUGUGAAACAAAUAGCCCCCUAAACAAAUUUCACGGAAUUGUAAACGGUACAGGAAUCUUGCAUUUCCUUAAUCUUCUUUUCUCUAUUCUAAGCUACCAAACGUCCACAUAUUUUGCACACGUAUUUUCUUAUACAAAGUUACCAAAAACAACAGGGACAGCAUUUGAAAUUAGUUACAACCGUACCGCGUACCAAGAGGUGUAGCACAAACUUCAAAUUUUUAUGAAUAAACCCCCUCCAGCCAGCCACACAUACACACCCAGACAAAAAGCAAUUGCGUACGCUUCUUGAGAAAUAUUUUAAGGUACAAUUUUUGAUAUUCUUUUCUCGUUUGCUACACGUUUUAUUGUCGAGGAACUGUUCGAAGCACAGGACAGGACAGGAAUCACAAAGCAAGAAAUAACACAGGACAAUAUGAGCGGAUUGGAAUUGAAUGACGGGUGGAGAGCCACGAUCCCGUAUCUGAUCUGAACAAUCGUGCGGUUGUGGUAGUAUGUUUUUUUAGUUAGAACAUAUGCGAAUGUAACAGACAACCAAGCACACUACCCAGGCAACACAAUGGGGCACGACUAAAUCGCAACCGUAGCAGAAUUCGUCGAAACGAAUGCGAUUAAAACCACGAACGUUUGCGCAUACCGUAGCAGUGGUGCCUAGCUAGCAGUAAUAUCAUUGAACUUUUUUUAUGAAUGUUAAAAGAAAGAAGCAAGGGGGCAGACAACUUCCGGAGCAACAGCGAAGUGAGUGCGAAGAAGUACCUUUACCUUACCAAGAGCCGAUGCAGGAUGUGACUAAUACAAAUAAUUAUUCUUACCAGUAAGGGAUUUGAGUAAGCAUUCGAGCGGACACAAGUGUGCAGCGAAUAAGCAACAGUAACAGCACACUAUGCACCUUUUCGAAUGCACGAGGCCACAAUUUUGACACAACGUUACGCUCAAGCUGGCGGCCAAGUUGGAUUUCAUUUUCGAACGAAUCGAUCGAUGAUGUUAGGUUUCUUGCCGGACUCAUGUUAUAGGUCAUACCAACAUUCAAUCACAAAAAAAAACAAUAAAGAGAUUAAGAAUGCAGCGAGUAGAAUUGUGGGUGUCCGCAAUCGAAACCAAAUCACAGACGAACAAUAUAAACACAUAUAAGCUAACCGAAUGAUAGAAUGCUGUUUGUUGUUGAUAGCGCAAAACAAGAAAAGGAAACCGAGAGCAGACAAACCCUUUUUUGGACGCACAUUUCAAUUCAAGGUUCUGCAAACAUUUUUGAAAACGCACUGAAACAGGAGCUGUUCGCUAAAGUGGCGGUACAGUAGAGAAUUAGCAAAUAUUGUUGUACAAUGUUACCUUUUGUAAGCAGAGCGAUAGUUACGUGAAGGAAGGAAUCAUUUAUCUAGCACAAAGCGAAAACCCGUUGCAUGUCCUUAUUAUUAUCAUGUUGGUAUCGCUCGGUAACGGUUUGUCAUACUUUUGGUAAUUGUUUUAUACGAACUGCAACCGGUGUUGGUUGAAGCGUUUAGGUUAGGUUACAAAGGCGAGUUUAUUGUGGGGAGGAAUUUAGAAAUUAUCUUACCCCAUCUAAACGGUACGCGAAAUCUGUACGAAAGGAAGGUAUUUUCAUUUUUCAUUAUUUUUAUCCUGGCCUACAAUCAGUCUUCAGGCGGUUGGGAAUGUAACCGUCACGAUGAAAUUCUAUCCUGCACCUGCUCUCUGUAAACUAUGCUGUGCCGCGUGUGUAUAGGAAACUACCCAAGCAACACUAAUCACUAACCGGUAGCUGAAUGUUGUAGGCAAACAUCGAUGGGAAACAUAUUACGUAUACUUACUGUAUAAGCUGCAUGCAACUAGCGGGCUUAACUAAUACCUGGCGAAAGCAGGAAACGUACACACGUGGAACCGACGUGUUUUUUGUAUCGUUUACUCCUUAGAGGCAAAAACAAAGGCUUUGACUGUGACUGUGUCUGUGUUGUUUUUAGGAAAGGUAAACCUGCUAGAAAACUGUAUGUGACAUUUACCAUAUUUGGCUCCCAAACCUAACUCUUUCUCACACACGCACACACACACACGCACAGGCGUCUGUCUUCACAUCUCCCACAGUGCCCUCUUUAUCAGAGCGAAACGGAAGGGCGGAAAGAACAGCGGAAGGGAGGGGCUAUAAUUUUGAGAGAGCUCGCUCAACUGAUCCUUUCCAUGCAACACAUCAUUCAAGCACACUUGUAACAAAACCCACUCGAUAGUUUACGGUAGUACAUUAACGUCAAACUAUAAGUUAUAUAGCUAGACAAGGUGAGGCAAGAUUUUUUCUUACACCUCCUUGCUAAUAAAUACUUGCAACAAACGGAACAGCACAAGGAUACACAACAUUCAAACACACACUCACAGAGAUAUAACACAAACACGUACGUAACACAUUAGUGCAAGAUACUUACCCAAAUCCAGCACCUAGUGCACCGAUAAGCAUUUUUUGAUAACUGUCUACAGAGAGAGAAAAACAACAAAUAUAAACAGGCAAGAGAUAAACGAUAGAGCGCUCAGCCCCAAAGAAAAAGAGGGGUGCGUUUGUGUCUGUGUGUUUAUUGUAGUACAUGCUCCUGCGGCAACAAUCUUAAACGAUAAGCGUAUAGUCAGCGUCAGUGUCAAGUAGUAGUACUCGUUGCAAGUGUCUUUUGCUGGAGCUAAUCAAUCGCCAAAAGGAAAAACAACCGAUACCGUCUAAUAAGCGUAACGCGUGCUGAAUGACUUUCUCAGCCAAUGCUAUUUUGCUAGCCCGAUGCAUGAAUUGAUCAACCAGUAGCAGCCGUCUGGAGGUGUAGCGAAAGUACGAGUUGCAUCCGUAUUAUUGUAUGCGUAUAGGUGGUUUACUCACUGUGCUUAGUAUCUAUUACCAAUCAAUCCUAUCCGCGCCGUUAUCCAUCCCAUCCGUGAUCACUUUCAUCGUAGAGCUGUCAACUACCACUAGUCGACAGCUGUCAAACGACAACAUAAACAAACACACACGUAAACACCGUGCGAAAGCUGUGUACGAGUCCCACCAUCACGCAAGUAGGCUAGCCGAAACCAAUCUACCGGACUUGUCUUGAAGAAGGAAUAAAGUCGCAAAUUCGCUCUGCUGCUCUGAAGCUUUGCAGCAGCACAACACCAACUGGGCGCUAACAAGUUUCCCAAAACCCCACCCCCGCCCCCAAUACACCUGCUUCCGGGCCCGACCUCAUCAUCGCCGGCAUUGUCGUCGUUAUUAUUGCUGUUAUCAUUGUUGUUGUUAUCACUGUUUGUUGUUAUUGUUGUGGAUGCGACACUGCGCCAUCGUUGUCGCCGUCGUCGUUGUCGGUGGUGGUGUUAGCAGCAGUAGCCGUCGUAGUAGUAGUAGCAGCAGCAGCAGCAGCAGCAGCGACCCCUCCUAAUCGACAGUGCAGUCCGUGCUGGUAAGAACGCAAGCGCAAGAUGUAUGCAGCAGCAGGUGGCGCCUCGCUGGCGUCACGCCAGGCGCGCAAGAAGCAGGCCCAGCAGAACACAAAAAACAAGGCCACCAAUCAGCAGAUACUGCGGGAGAAGCUCGCGGCGAAGGCGGCCACGACGCCGACCAAGAGCAAACACUUCCACCAGCUACCGGCGUCCUAUCUGCGGGCUCCCCAUCAGCACCACCGGAAGCUUAGUGCGGGCUACACCAGCAUACCCGGGUCGGACCAGCAACAUCCGCACCACAAGUUCGGUGAUCAGCCCUGCGCGUCCUAUACCGGUGGUCCGGUGGCCCAUGCUCACGCACCACACAUAGGUGGCCCGGGACACGCCCACCACCAUCAUCACCAUCACCAUGCGGCACAGGGAGGUGUUCCGCAUCCGUGUCAUCUGCACGGUGCUGGACCUUCCGGACAUCCGCCCGCUUCGGGAGCGUCCUUUCCUCCGAUGCCGAAACCGACUGGGUUCCGCGAGUACGAUAAGCUGGUACGUCGGCAGCAGCUUACAAAGUCGGCCACCGCCACACUACCGCUGGUGUCUCAGGCCCAGCAAGAUCUUACACCACCGCAAACACCAAAGCUCGGAUUUGGAGAGUCGGCAGGUACCGAACCUCACCAUGGUGGUCACCACCACCAUCACCUACUGUUGCAGCAACAGCAACACCUUCACCAUCACUCACAGCAGCAUCUCGAUAAGGUGGGCAUCUCGGGUCAGGAGGAGGGCGAAAGUGGAGUCACGCAACCGCUGACGCUGCAGAUACCGAACGAUCCGAUCAUCAUUACACCUGCCACACCGCAGGCUACACCCCCCGGGCGACUCGGACUGAAACCGUUGGUGCUGACGGACGACGAGGAGGCCCAUCCGCUGACCAGCCCGACGCCCGGUGCGCUCGAGCGCAAGUGUAGCGUGUACCGGGGCCGCAAGCUCGAUCCGUUCGAGGAACAGUUCUACAACGCGACGACAAUAAACAACGCCCAGCAUCCGCACCAUCAGUAUCAUCCGGACGAUGUGUUCUUCCCGCCGGGGACCGGCAGUGUGCCGAAUGGGGGUGGUGGCCAUUCCACGACCACUACCACACCCGGCCACCAGCAGGUGCCCAAGUGGGACUCGGAGUACUACUGCUGCGAGUGUGAUCAUCGCCAGUACGGUGUGUGUACCUGUGAUCAGUUCGAGUGUGCCCAAGGUCGUGCAGCAUGGCUAGAAAGAGGAAGACGUUGCAGCGUACAGGAAACACCCGCCUCCUGCCAUCGACGAUGGGUCAAACGGAAUCGGAUACAAGACUCAUCGUUAGGUGGCUCCUCGGACGAUGAAGACCUGCUCGGCGUACUCAGAGGACCCAGUUCAUUCGCCAAUGCCUUCCUAUACGUAGGUUUAGGUACCAUAGCAAUCGGUUUAGUGAUAGCAUUCGUCGGUACCGGCGAGAAAGGAUUCAAAACAGUUGAACUAAGACUAAUCGGGCCAUCGUUAAUUGGUCUCGGCUUAUUUUGUUGUAUAUUGCGUAUCCUGUUUUGUAUAUGCCCAUCCCAUUGUAUAUCAUCUAGUCGUAGAGCGCGAGAUAAGAAAAACGCCAAGAUAGACGCAGAUCAUAGAACUUCCCUGUUACGAGGCGACAGUAAACGAGUAUCGAUAGCACGCGGACCUCACAUACCGACUAAACAGCCUCAAAUAUAUCCUAAAUCGAUCGUGAAAACCAAAACCUACGAAGGUGUGGAGGCACUGCGGCAGAUCGCGACGACGUCGCUCUUUCUGCAGAACGAGCAAAAGGUGUCCUCGAACCGGAUUGUUCCUAUUAUCAAAGAACCGGAGAAACUAGAAGAACCACCUUUAGAGCUGAAGAAGAUUGAUCCCCGGCGGGAUGAGGCGGCGAUCGUGAGCAUAUCGGACGGUGAGGAUGAUUCGCAUCGAAGGCAAGCCGCGGUCCAAGCGUCCGAUACGCAGGUGAUAGACCUGACCGGCGAAGACCAAGACGAGGAGCAAUCGCAUUCGCCCAGCAGCGGUACGAGCCACCACCAGCGCAAGGAUAGCAAGCUGCGUCGCCAGCGUACCUCCGUUCACCAGCAGAAACCGGCCCGGGAACUGCAGAACUCGGCGUACGGUGCUAGCAACGCAGCGCCGAGCGAACCUCCGAAUCUGCUGAUGGAGACGUCGCUCAUGAUCAUCGGCCCGACGCCACUGAGCUCACCCACAAAAUCGGUGUCCGCCACCCCACCGUCCAUCCCCGGUGGCACAUCCUCACUCACCGUUCCGACCAAGUCUGCGAAUGGGUCCGCUGUGCACGGUACGGUGCAGCCUGGCAAAGCCGGACCGAGCGCCACGGCGGGCAAUCUGCUGACACUGCCAGCCGCCGUCAGCUCGACGUCCGGGCCAACGGUCAGCUUUGCCGGCAGCACACCGCUACCGGGUCAACUGUCGCCACUGCCCUCGACGUCGUACCUGUCGUCGUCGGCGGUGGCCGGUGGCUACCGAUCGUCGGCCGCUUCCUCGCCGCUGCCCGGUUUCAUGCCGUCGGGCUCGCCCCACUACCACAGCAACAGCAGCAGCAGCAGCAGUAACUACAUCUUCUCGCCACCGCCUUUCACGCAACACGAGCCGAUCACGCUAGGAACCAAUACGAUCACUACGGCGGCCUCCACGCUUAUGCACGCGCCGUCAGUGAACUCCACCAAAACCGAACCGGAGCUAGUGUUAAGUCCAGCGAAGUUAGGACAGUCAACGUACAAAACUGCGCGCUUAUUUCAACGGUUUGUAGCAACCACUGGUUGUUGUUCGCGUGUGUCCCGUGUCGUGUGGUGCCGAUGCCUGAAUAAGAUGGCCAAUAAACAGCCAACCGGUUCCAAUCGGCAGUCGUGUGCGAAAAUUCAAACCACCAUUCACGAAGCGUUGGUGAAGAUAAGCAAUCAAGCAAGGAGGCGCGCACUUUUACCGCCAAGGCAAAGCAAUCCAACGAACGUAACGCAAGCAUCUACCGCGGUGAGUACGUCCACUGCUACCAGGAAUCGCACCGAACAACCGUCUACAUCGAAAGCGUCAGACGCGGUGAAUAAAUCCACCGCCCAACAGCGACCACCUAACGAACCGCCCACCGUAACCGGCAACGCACCCGGAACCCCGGAACUGUUGGAUAAUUCGUACGCACGGGAGCUGUUUUUCCGUCACACCAACAUCCGGGACGUGGUGGCAAAAAAGCUCCCGGAACGAAGUGAAAGCACCCGUCAGAAGUAUGCGCCACAGCUGUACCGGCUGUACGUGCUGGAGCCAGCGCAACGCAUCCGGGAGCAUCUGCACGAGGUGCGCUUCGACACACGCUUCCACGAGGGUUUGUUGCGUAUGGCCCUCCAGGUACCGCUCACCAGCGAGCAAGCUUGGAACGCGCACAAGGAGACGCUUGCCAAGGCAGGCAUUCGGAAGCUGUGCUUCGUCGACAUGACACAAAACAAUCGCCUGCUCGACUAUCAGGAAAAGGUGGUACGCAAACUCAAGGCAGAGUUUCGGAACUGGUCCGGAAAGUUGAACAAGCUUCCCACCUACCUAAGCAUGUGUCAGCAGCAGCGAGAAGCCGAAGAUCGUAAGUUCCUGGCGUUGCUCAAGCAUCACUCCACGCUGAAGGAAAGCUGGGCGCUGCACCUACCGUCGGUGAUGAAGAAACUCCUACAGGAGCGAUGGCUUCCGAGCGAAAGGCGCACUAACUUGAUCUGGAGCGUGCUGCGAUUUGAUGAUGAUCAUUUGAACAGGAAGUACGAGGUGGGAGAUUACUCCAAAUUUCAAUUCAACGUGGAAGUCGAACCGGAAGAAGUGGUCGACUAUUCUUCGCAGGCGCUUGAUUUGGGCUCUUUCGCAGAAGAUGGUCAGCGUUGCAUUACUCCAAUCAAUGUUACCAACAAUCGGACCCCGGCCAGAGAACAAACUGUUCCUAGGGAAAUUGUUGCCAAAGAGGAAGAGAUCACAGAGAAGCCUCCAGCGGCAGCCAUACCUGUCGACCCGUCGGAGAAUGUACCACAAAAUCAUCAGAGGUUUGCUGUGCCGGCCAUCCCCGUGCAGGAGAUAAUCGAAAUCAGCGAUUCGCCGGCGAGAACGGCAAAUCGUCCUGUUAACAGUACCGUCAACGCUGCUGGGUACACGCUGCAGUAUGUGAAACAUUUCACCAACAUAUACGAGGUGGUCAUCGAAAACUAUAUGGAGCGCAACCGGGAUAAAAACCUUUCCUUCACACAAUCGAAAGCGGACAAUUAUGUGCGAAAGUUUUACACCUUGUUUAAGGACACGUUCGCACGCAGAGAGCUUCCGGUCGGGAUACGGUUGCUUACGCCAGCGGAGCAAGAAGAACAAGUGUCCAAGGGACCACUGAAGUGGGUGUUGGAGCGAUUGGACUAUCAGAACGCUUCGCUACAGACCAACAAUAAUGAGGUGCAAGUAGUGGUUGCUCCAUCGGCAAACCCGGUGCCAUCGAAUCCACAACCAACAGCACAACGCCCGCCCGCUGCCAACCAGCCCAAAGCGAAGCUAAAAAAGAUGGAUCACAUUCUGAAGGUUCCCUGUCCGAUACGAACGGCACGCAUCCCGUACGAUUCGGACUCAUCCCUGUCCCAGUCACCCGGCCCGUCACAGCGCGAGGAUAAUGCGCCGAAUGAUGCUGCCCAUCAUUCGAUUGCGUUCGUACCGAUAGUGGAGGACAAUUUCAGUCAACCGCUGCCACAGGAAGACUCUGCUCCCAUAAGCCAAGAAUUCACACCAUUCGCUAGCUCCACACAGAACCAGUCCCCGCUGUACAGACGACGCUCUACACAGCUUACGGAGCUGCAUCCUGUUGCCACACAAGAUCCUUUACAGCUAUCCGGCACGAGCACUACAACCAUAGCGCCGUUCCAUGCGAUCGUUCCGUGUGAAUCGUCGGGCUCCACACACACACCGCCAAUACCCACCCAAUCGCAAUCCCAACCAAGUAGCUCCAUUAUACCUCCAUUCCAACUGGUAAACGCAACGCCCACCAACGCGACGGUAACAACAGUCCCUAGCUCUCCUAUUCCGUCCCUGUCCAGCUACACCGUCAAGCAGGAAGCUAUCAGUCAGCUGCCAGCCGAUACGUCCGGGUAUGAGGAUGAAGUGGAGAUUAUACCGAACCCGGAUAAUCUCAUCAUUCUCAGUGAGUCGCUUACAGACGAGCACGGGGUCAACUUUUCCGACUUUAACAAAUCGAUCGACUCGAUAAAUGCGCGCGUAAUAGGAAUACUGACCCGAAACGAGGCCGACCAGAAUGAGGAUGAGCAGUACCUGUCGUGCGCUGAACCUACCACGUCCAACAGUUCGCUGGAGGGUAGAUCAAGGAAGCGAGCAGUAAAGGUGGAACCCGAACCGGAACCUGCCAUUAGUCCACCCCGGAUAGGGCCUUACAUUUCCUUCGAAGCACCCAGAAAAACGCGUCAACGACAAGCAUUGGCCACCGUCCCUCUGGCAGCCAUUGCCACACCUAACACACGCUGUCCUUCCAAUUCACACAUGAUGUUCCUGCACCGAGUACACAUCCAAUCCGUACGCUACUCCACCCAUCCCACCACUUGGUCGCACUGUGGCGUGUUUCAAGCGAAUCCACUCACCGUUCACCUGAAUCCGGGCAGUGCCGGGCUCUUCUCGGUACCGGUGUGCGAUCAGCAAGCGUGCCUACUGCUGAUGGGACCGUCCGCCGGUGGGAAAGGGACGGAAGCGUUGCUAGCCGCACUGGAACACGCGGGGAAGUUCCGAUACGGGUCGAAAGAACCGGAGCGAGAGUAUUACCGGCUUUCCAUCACGGAGAAGGUGCUUCAUCUGUUUUUCGCUACCUUUCCAGCCUGCCCUCAGGACGGAGGGUUGGUAAUGUUUCCGAAAAUUAAGUCCAGCGUGCCGGCGGACGGUGAUGAGAUGUGGCUCGAGCGCUUCAACUAUUACGCCCAUGUGAAACCCAACCGACGAGCCGACAAGGCAGGUGGAACCGGUGGCGAAAGUUUGGCGCAACUGUUGAUGCCCGGCAUAGGACGUAGGAUGAAAGCUUUGCGGGAAAAGCUGGUAAAACAGAGCGGUGCCAUCGUCCUGUGAUAAGUUCGUUUUUGUUGAUAGUAUAUGGACGUUAAACAUGGAUAAACGCGACAUUCGUUACAAGAAACUGUAUGUGCGUGCAGACAAAAUACAUCUGUAAAAAGGGCUUGAAGGUA